GUAUUCAGAUGACGUCUUCUUGUCAGAUGAUCAAAACAAAAGCUGAGACGUAUUCCGAUAGUAUUUCGUGUUGUGUUUUCAUUGGUGACUCAUUCAGUGCAAGAAAUUCUGGAAAAUAUAUUGGAUAAUUGAGAGUGCAAGUUGUGUUUCCCUGUUAACAUUCCCGUAUAAUUUUCUUCCUGGUCGAUUGAGGCUACAUCCUACCGUAAAAUGUCCCUCAAUACCGCUCACGCCAAUAACGGAGUGUUAAUUCAUGCCGGAGAAGGCAUCCUUAUCUUCUGUGACAAUGUCACCAUGGAGUUCAGCGGUCAGGAUGCCCCGGCUUUCAAGGGCACUAAGCAGGGUCGCGUCUAUCUUACCACGCAUCGCAUGAUUUUCAACAACAAGAAGGCCAGCGAUCCGAUGCAGUCGUUCAGUUUUCCCUUCGUCACACUAAAUGACGUUCAACUCGAGCAGCCAGUAUUCGGCGCGAACUACAUCAAAGGCAAGGUGCGAGCUCAGGAGAAUGGUAACUGGACUGGCGAAGCCAAGUUUAAGCUCGUUUUCAAGCACGGUGGAGCCAUUGACUACGGACAGGCCAUGUUGAGAGCGGCUGCUAUGGCUCAGCGAAAUGCAGGCACUGCGCCUCCACCACCAUACACCCCUCCUGGUGGCGAUUGGUAUGCCGCACCCCCGCCAGCCUACACACCAAACCCGUACAACUAUGGAUGGGUUCCAUCAUCGACCGUAUUUCCGGACCAACCGGCGCCGAACUCGAUCUACAUGCACGACAGCCCGCCACCGUAUCCAGGAAUCAUAUCUGGACCACCGCAAGGCCACCAGCAGGGCUAUCCUCCACAGGCUUAUCCACCCCAAAAUGGUUCUGCCUAUCCACCCCAGCAGCCGGGAUACCCAAUGCAAAACGGCGCUCCAGGUUAUGGCUUUACUAGUGGGCCAGGAGCAGCCGGAGCAUCUGCUGGAGCCAUGGGCUUUACCCAACCACCUCCAGCAAAUUCGAAAGAGGCUGAAGCCGCUCAAAGCGCAUACUACGAUCCAAAUCAACCACAAACGGCGUAUGUUCCACCACCAGCCUACUACGAACCUCCUCCAAGUUACAGCUCAUUGAACAAGAAGGAUCAGUAAUUUCGGAAGUUAUGUUUCAUCGUUUUAUGGUACGCUACAAUAAGGCUUCACAAAUUUGCUUUUGAGCAGAGUAAAAUCACCAGUGCAACUUACCACGUACCUAAUUCUUACCAAAAGAUAGGGUUCAACGCUUGGAUAUUCGGUAUUCUCACUUGGAUUUAAUCAUAAAUAAUAGCUGAAUUGAACACGAAGAAGCUUGAUCGGUUCUGCAUGCACCAUGGUUUGAUGGAUUGCAACAAGAUUGUUGCUCGUUUAAAUGAAAUGAAUAAAUAUAUUUACCUUAGUACACAUACCAAUCCUGAUAAAAAUGUUAAUCGUUUAGCUUUGUAUUAUAUAUGUGGUCAUUGAAUAAACUUGAUCAUGCAGCGUAUUUGUUUAACAUCA